AUGAAGACGAAGAACAGAUCACUGUUCAGCAAGCUAUGCAAGUGUUACAGCAAGAAGGAAAUACGCAAAUAUGAGAAUGGCGAUUCGUGUCCAAGUCCAACGGCCGAGAUACGAGAUGCCUGCAAGGACCUCAUCCUAUCCGAUGAUAAGCUUCGGCUAAUCAUGCAGAAAUUCACUGAAGAGAUUAACAAAGGCUUAUCGAAGGAGAGCCAUCACGAGGCAAACGUCAAGUGUUUCACCACUUACGUGCAGGAUCUACCAAAUGGCACCGAAAAGGGCAAUUUCUUGGCACUGGAUCUGGGCGGUACAAACUUCAGGGUAUUGCUGAUUACACUGGAUGGUCAGAAUUUCGACAUGAAGAGCAAAAUCUACGCGAUACCACAAAGCUUGAUGCUGGGAACCGGUACCCAGCUGUUCGACCACAUCGCUCAGUGCUUAGCAUUGUUCGUGAAGGAUUUGAACCUGCAAAAUGAGGUGCUACCGUUAGGCUUCACCUUUAGUUUCCCUUUGAUCCAAUACGGACUCACGAAGGGCCACCUGGUAAGAUGGACCAAGGGCUUCAAUUGUAGUGGCGUAAUCGGCGAAGAUGUCGUUGCCCUUCUCGACCAAGCGAUCAAUAGAAGAAAGGAUGUUAAAAUUGAUGUGUGCGCGAUCCUGAACGACACCACCGGUACUCUAAUGUCGUGUGCCUGGAAAAAUCGAAACUGCCGAAUUGGUUUAAUUGUCGGUACUGGAAGUAACGCUUGCUACGUCGAAAAAACGAAGAAUGCGCAAUGCGCGAUUCCGGGCAACUAUGUCGAGAGUAAGCCCAACAUGCUAAUCAACACGGAAUGGGGUGCGUUUGGUGAGGGUGGCGUGCUGGACUUUGUAAUGACAGAGUUCGAUCGUGCUAUCGAUGAAAACUCGAUCAAUCCGACGAAGCAACUAUUCGAAAAGAUGCUCUCGGGAAUGUAUAUGGGUGAGCUGACCAGAUUGGUCCUCGAGAAACUGGUAAAUGCUGGUCUCCUCUUCAGCGGCAAAUCCCCUGGCGAUCUUAUGAAGCGAGGCAAAUUUUUCACCAAAUACGUCUCCGAAAUUGAAAAUGAUCCCAAAGGAAAAUACACGAACUGCAGGGAGGUCUUGGCCGAAUUGGGAUUGCGUAAUGUGAGCGAUCAGGAUUGCGAGAAUGUGAGAUACGUGUGUUCAGUGGUGUCGAGGAGGGCGGCACAUCUUGUAAGCGCAGGAAUUGCGGCGUUACUGAAUAAAAUGGGUGAGAAUAACGUCACCAUAGGCAUCGACGGUUCAGUGUAUCGAUUCCACCCACACUUCCACGAUCUUAUGACAGCAAAAAUUAGUGCACUUCAACGCUACAAGUUCGACCUGAUGCUUUCGGAAGACGGUAGCGGUCGCGGUGCAGCGCUGGUUGCCGCGGUGGCGUCACAGAAGCGGUGAAGACGCAAUUAUCGGUAGCGAGCUAACUCCAAUUCAAUUAUACAUAACAUAAGAUCGACACAGACAUCAGAGAGUAUGAGAGAAGUGAUUCGGAUGAAUGAUUAGUGUGUGAGUAUGAGCAGGAGAGCAAGACAGUAAUUAGGGAUCUUUUGUUCAUCUCAACUGCGCCUUCUACACUCUGUAUUCAUCUUUCCUUCUUUAAGACCAUUUUAAGCCAUUCUUCUAAACCUUUUUUAAGAUCAUCAUAAGGCGUUCAUCGAAAAAAGGAGUCGUAGACGUUUGUGAAAGUAGGCGAAUAUCGAUUAGACUAUGAGGCCUUUUUCGACAAAUAAGACUUGCGCAUAGGCACACGUACUUGCCUCAUUUUAACUGUAGAGUGUAAGAAAAUGCAGUUUAGGUAGAAUGAACAGACCCGAAAAUUACGCGAUGAAUACUUCUUGUACAUAGAGCACAAAUUGUAGCUUAGUGAAUUAGAGGACGAUGAAACUUAAUUAAUGUUCCUGCAAACAAUCAGGAGAUAGGGAGACAGUAGAUGUCUUCUGUGCGGUCAAGUACGAUAAUCGCAAAUUAGCGAUUGGUUAAUGAUCCGCAUGUUUAUCCGUUAUAAUUAUUGGUUAUUUACCUCGUGAUUUUGCAAGGAGUAGAGGAGUAAGUGAGAAAAGUUGCGAUAAUUGCCGGUUAAAAUACCGGUGGCAAGAAUGUUGAGUGUCAAUUGUUAAUUGUUAAUAAAAUACUGAUGAGUACACACAAACUGAAAUGAUGGUAUGUGAUUAGAGUUUAUGUGAGAUCGUAUCGAUUGUGAAACAACGAGGAAUUGAUAGGUUGAUGAAUAAAUACAGUUUUCCAUCAAUUUUCCU